AUGGUGAGUGACUCGUGGCUUGUGCACUCCUUUGGGUGCGCUGGGCGACCGCUCCGUCCGACGGGGUCGGGGGCGCGGCUGACCCGGCGCGUUUUUGUCGGCGCAGUCGUCUCGCCAAAGUCGCUCCUCUCCCUGCGCAUCUACCAGCGCGGCAUCAUCGGCGUAGGGUCGAGCGGCGUCAUUCGCUUCGUCGAGGAUCUCGAAAAGGUGGAGAGUGAGCUUGCUGCAAGCGUGGGCAGUGAAUCUGGAGGGGAGGAAGAUGACCGCUGCUCCACGCCGGUGCCCAUCCCUGGCAACCAGACUGCCAAGAAUCACCACGCUGAGUCAACGGCGACAGACAGCCUCGACAUGCUCCCUCCGCCUGCAAUCAACGCGCAAGAGCUCUCGGGCAUCUCUACACAAAUUCAGGGUGAGGAGGCCGCGAUCAAGUCCGUCGUCGAAAAGCACGGCUGGGCAUACGGCGCCUACGAGCUUGUCAAGCUCGACCAGGGAAGCUUCCUCUGUCCAGGCUUCGUCGAUACCCACAUUCAUGCUUGCCAGGUGCCCAACUUGGGCCUUGGACAGCAAUACGAGCUUCUUGGGUGGCUCGAGAACAUCACCUUCCCACGAGAGCGCAAAUUCGAGGAUCCCGUGUAUGCACGCAAGACGUACGAAUCAGUCGUCCAGCGCAUGCUCAACUGUGGCACAACGGCGGCAGCCAUGUAUGCAACGAUUCACGAGGAAGGCGGCGCCAUUCUUGCCGAGGUCUGCAACGAGAAGGGAAUCCGAGCCCUUGUCGGAAAGUGUCAGGCAGAUCGUAAUUGUCCAGUGGACUACGUCGAGAAGAACGCGAGCUUAUCGAUGGAAGCGACAAAGAAGUUUAUCAACUACUGUCGCAAUCUGCUCCCCUAUGGUCACGAGCCAGACCCGUUGAGCCCUUCGCUCACACCGUCCGAUGCGAGCGCAAGCCCCGAAAUGGAUCACUCAAUCGCGAGGCUUUCCAAGACGAUGCGCGAAAUCGAAGAUGCGACCUCUUCGCCUGGUACGAGUCAGGAUAGCCAAGCAUCAACGAGCACAAAUGCAACGAGUGUCGAGACGUCUUCUCCAGAACCAAUGAGGAAGAGCAGCCUGGGGCAGGAGAUCGGAGACAUGUCAAAGGACAUUACCUUAAAUGGAACUGCCUCUGGUGGGCACCGGACAGGAAGCGUGAGCUCCACAAGCAGCCGCAUCUCCAAGGACAAGAAGCAAAAGGAGAAGGACUUUGCUGCUGCUCUCGUGCAGCCGAUCCUGACGCCGAGGUUCGCUCUGGCCUGCUCGGAAGCGCUUUUGACGAGCAUCGGAGCGCUGGUCUCUCGUGAUCCCUCCUUGCGAAUCCAAACACAUCUCUCCGAAAACGCCGGCGAGAUCGAAUUCACCAAGAAGCUGUUUGCGUUUGCCUCGUGCUACACCGAUGUCUACGACCAUUUCUCGCUCCUCACCCCUCGUACAAUUCUGGCACACUGCAUUCACCUCGACGACCAUGAGAUGAAGCUGAUCCGAGAACGGAAAUGUGGCGUCUCGCACUGCCCUAACAGCAACUUCAACUUACGUUCGGGUGCAGCACGCAUCGGCGAGAUGCUCAACAUGGGCAUCAAGGUCGGACUGGGCACAGACAUGAGCGGCGGUUUCGGCAUGAGUGUCCUCUCGGCCAUUCGAGACGCCAGCUUUGCCUCAAAAACCAUCGCUUUCACCGAAGAGAAGGCCGGCAAGGUCAAGGUGGAAGGAAAGAGCGAGGAAGAGUUUGAAGAGACGAUUAAAGGACCGACAAAGCGGGUCGUCGACGGCGAGCUUAAGCCGAAUGGCGUCGAUGCGAUGGCUGAUUUGCCCAACGGUGACUCGUCCCGUGCCGAAGACAGCUUCGACUUUACAAAGUCGCCUUUGAGCUUGGCCACGCUCUUUUACAUGGCCACGCUGGGCGGUGCAGAAGUCUGCAGCCUGGCCCACAGGACAGGAAGCCUCGACGUCGGGAAGGAAUUUGACGCCCUGCUCAUCAACACGGAUGCAAGUUGCGCCAACCCCAACAUGUAUGUCGAGGAGGACGACACACUCGAGGCGCGCUUUGAGAAGAUGCUGUUCUGCGGAGACGAUCGCAAUAUCGCCUCAGUCUUUGUUCGCGGUCGCGUUGUUGGCGGCUCAGCGCCGAUUGUCUGA